AUUAUUGUAACGACAACGCGAAUACUCCUACUGGCACCACAGAUGCAAAUGGGCAACAGAGUUCUUCGGGAGUUUGACAGCGAUGGUACUGGCGCAUUACGUGUACAGUUUCGCGACGAUUGCGGCACUCUGAUGCGCCGACAUUUUGUGUAUCUCGGCUCAUCAAAUUCCCAGAUGCGAGAUGGCGGCUGUUAUUUUUAUGACGAUGGAGAAGGUGGGCAGGUGCAGAGAAUCCGUGAAAGCCUCGGCAGAUUCACUCAGUGCAGCAUACCCAAGAUGAUGUCGCGGAUGGGUCAGUGCUUCACGCAAGCCAGACAAUGCGCAGUGAAACUGAAGCGAGCUAAUUAUAACAAGACAUAUGAUGUUAUUGGAGGCUGCGAUACCAAUGGAUCUGCUUAUGUGUUUUCUGACGGCGUCGGCACCAUUUCGAUAGACUUCGCUCGGACAAUUGCAUUAGAUCUGGGAGUCGAAAACUUCAUCCCAAGCUGUUUCCAGGUCCGUUACCGUGGCGUCAAGGGUGUGCUCACGCUUGAUCCAAACUUGGAUGUGCGAAAAUGCUGGGCUGAAACGAACCGUAUUGCUGACAACAGCAGAUAUACGAAUAGGCAGAACAACUUGGCAGUACUGUUUCGCCCUUCUCAGGACAAAUUCAAAGCGCCGCGCGACACGUCUAUUGAAGUCGUCAAAUAUUCGGCGCCCACACCUGUUUUCUUAAAUCGACCGCUGAUAUUAAUUUUGGAUCAAGUAAGCGAAUUAGUCACUCCACUGUGA